GUAUAUACAUAACCGAUUCAGUACAGUAAUCCGGCGCCAAUGGAGCAGCACGAAGGCGGCGGCGGCGGCGGCGAGGGCGGCCUUACGAAGUCCGCUGCUGUGGCAGCUUGCACCGCCAUGGCAGUGUUUUACGUUGCGAUCCUAUAUUCUCCAACGCUGGUUCUCCGAUUACCCCCUCCGAUUUCCUUUAAAUCCUAUAUGAUACGCCGGUUUGUGUGCGCCGCCAUCUCCUCCGUCGUCUCCCUCGUCGUCUGCUUCUUCAUCCUCCCGAUAACAAGGCGCGAUGCAUCAAAUCUGUUUGGCGUUUACGGCAUCAGACUGGAUCACACUUGGCAAGCUUUGGUCUUUCCUCUAUCACUUACUUCCCUCAUGUACUCUGGGUCCUUUGCCCUGAAGUUUUUGUCAAUGAUCCAAGCAAGCAACGAAUAUUUGAAUAGUGGUGGAACUGUAUCAGUUGUAUGUAUGAAGACCAUUUUAUGGAAGAUCGUUGAUUGGGUAGUUUCAUUAACUUCCAGCAUCUCAUCUUGGCGUAACUACUUUGUGGCUCCACUUACGGAAGAGUUGGUAUUCAGAGCUUGUAUGAUUCCUUUGCUACUGUGUGGAGGAUUCAGUACCUAUACUGCCAUAUUUCUCUGUCCCAUAUUUUUCAGUUUAGCUCAUUUGAACCACUUACUGGAGGUCUAUGCCCAACAGAACUUCAGUUUGGUCAAAGCUUGUUUAGUUGUAGGUCUCCAGCUAGGAUAUACUGUCAUCUUUGGGGCGUAUGCGUCAUUCCUUCUUGUCCGUACUGGACAUCUAACAGCUCCGCUAGUAGCUCAUAUAUUUUGCAACUUUAUGGGCUUGCCUGUUAUAUUUUCUCGUCGUUCUGAUUGUUCGUUUCUUUGUUCCUUGUGGUUUUCAGGGAUAGUAAUUGUGGCAUUUGUACUGGGAAUGCUGAGUUUCGUAUGGAUGCUUUUCCCAUUAACGGCCCCGCAAUUGUACAACACUACAACGGAGAAAUGCAGUUGUUGGCAUGGAUAUUGUAAUUGGAGCUAACACACAAAUCUCCUUUUAAUAGGGGAGUUCUUUGCUAAUGAAUUAUUACAUUUCUUUGAAUUUAUGGGCCUGAGACUAUACAUAUAUAUAUAUAUGUGUAUGUAUGUAUAUGUGCAUAUACAGCCUUAUUUUUCUCACAUCUUAAUAAUGAUAUUGAAUCGCAUAAAUCU